CGUUAGCUCACUGCUUCUGUCGAAACGAAAGAAGCACUCAAAACAAAAACAUUAGACGUAUCAUUCACUAUUUACUAACGGCAUAAUUUUUUAAUUACCUAAAAAUGUCCAGUCCGCCUAAUUGGUUCGCACUUACUGACGGUCUCACCCGAGCUAUAGCCUUCUGCAAUGAAAGCAUCUCUGACGAGUGUUUUUCCAAUAUGUUGGAAUAUCUUUUCCGAACGAUCGACAAUGCGACGACCACUGGAAAUCACCCCGAGCCCGCUGAGACGGAAACCGAGCUGGAAAACCUCCGGGCGGGAGCCGCCCAGCUCAGCGAACAGGAAUUCAAACUGGCGAUGCAAUCGCUGGCCUAUCUGGUGAAGCGGUCGCUCAAGUUUAUGCUGAAACCAUCCCGGCUCCAGGCCGAUCUGCGCAAUCAUCUCCAACUGGCGGAAGGUAAGAGCAACUGCUUCGUAAAGCACUGGAUCCAAACGACGAAAAUUGUGCUGGAUGCCCUGGCGACGGACGACGAUACCGAGGGAGGAAAGUCCAACCAGCUGGAGGAUGUUUCCUGGAAGGUCCGGGCGCAACUUUCCUCCGAACCGCGACAAAAGGACAAACUGGCGCUCGGCCAGUUGGAGCUGAAAACCGGCAGCAGAACAAUCAAUCUGGAACUGAACAGCGCAGAAUUGGUCGAGUUCUACAACCAACUGGAACGGAUACAGAUAGAACUGGACGCUCUGCACGCUAAGGCGUAGAGUAAAUUUGAUGCAAUGAAA